AGAGAGAAAUCACAUGGCUUUGAACAACUCAGAAGAAGGACAUAAAAAGGGCUCCCAAACAUCCUAUAAAGAGAGCAUUUGGCUCCUCAUUGAAGAGAUCUUAGCCAAGACAUCUUAGUGUAGGCUUGUAACACUUAAAUUUUUAGUCAUAAAUCUUGUUCUUUACUCUUGUUCCUUCCUUUGUUUCGAGUUCUCUAUCCUUAGGGGCUGAAUGGAUACUUGUUAGAACCCUCUAAAUUAGUUCCAUGAUUCUAGAAACUCAUCAAGAGCAAGAAGGAUUCAGAUUCAUCUCUUAAUCUCAAUUGUCCUUAAAGACAAAACCUUAUUUUGAAGGUAUUUGGAUUUGGAGUGUUUAAGAAGGAACACAAAACCUUGUCUAUGUUUCCGCAACCGUUUUUCUAGGUUUUCUUGAUUCCAUGGAAUGUGAUCUCAUUCUGGAACCAGAACUUGAGCGCCUCAUUCAAAAAAACGACGCCAUUGUUCAACAAACGAUAAUGGAAUCCUCUGCGGAGAUUAAACUGAAGGAGCGUGAACUCGCUCUCCUUCGCAAGUCCAUCAACGAGUGUCGCAUCAAGAGAGAGUCGCAAGAAUACCGAAUACACUCCCUCGAGAGACUCAUUGAGAACCGUUCCAAGUCCUUCGACGCCAAGGAGAAGCAGGUCAGUUCCAUCAAGCGGCAGUUGAGUUCCUACUGCAGCGACAUUGACGCGAAAGAGCGGGAGUACCGCGCGAUCCGACGGAGCGUGGAGGAGCGGAGCAUGGAGCUUGAGGCGAUGGAAGAGGCGCUGAAAUCGACUCAGAAGCAGAUUGGCGACUGCGAGAGGAGUUUGAGAUUGAAGGAGGAGGAGUGAGAUGAUGGACCGGUUAAUCAGUGAGCGCGAUGAAGUUCACAAGAAGAUGCAGAGAGCCAUUGAGGUGUGCGGCGCUGAUCUCGGCGCGAAGGAAAGUAGGCUCGGUGUGGUCGAAGGGUUGAUUCUGGAGCGUGAGCACGAGCUCCGGGCGAAAGACGCUGAGUUACACAACUUUCACAGGGAUUGUGAGUGGAAAGAGGAGGAGCUCAGGGAACUUUCGGUGAGAAUUACUGACUGCAAGAAGGAGCUUAGGGUGAAAGAGGAAGAGCUCGAUUCAAUGCAGAGGUUGGUCGAUGGAGAAGGGAAGGAGCUGGAGUUUAAGAGGAGGAAUUUGCUUAAAGAGCUCGAAUCGAACAAGAAGGAGUUUGAUUCUUUCAGGAGGUCAAUACGAGAAAAGAGCGCGGAGCUUGAGAAGAAAGAGAGGAAGCUUGGAGAAAGAGUGAAAGACCUCGAGUCCAUGAAGAAGCAAUUUGAAGGGCGAGUGAAGGAGUUCGAGUCGAAAGAGAAGCAAUAUGGAGGACAGGGGAAGGAGCUCAAGGCAAAGGAGAGGAAGUUUGAAGAAAGAGUGAAAGAAUUUGAAUCAAAACAGAAGCAAUUUGAAGUAAAAGUGGAAGGAUUUGAAUCAAAAGAGAAGCAAUUUGAAGGAAGAGUGAAGGAGAUCGAAUUGAGGGAGAAGCAAUUAGAAGGACAAGCUAAGGACCUCUCUUCAAAAGAGAAUCAAUUUGAAGGACAAGCCAAGGAGCUUGAAUCACAAGAAAAGCAAUUUAAAGGAAGAGUGAAGGAGCUGGCUUCAAAAGAGAAGCAAUUUGAAGGAAGAGUAAAGGAGAUCGAAUUGAGGGAGAAGCAAUUUGAAGGACAAGCCAAGGAGCUUGCAUCACAAGAGAAGCAAUUUAUAGGAAGAAUGAUGGAACUGGCUUCGAAAGAGAAGCAAUUUGAUGGACAAGCCAAGGAGCUUGAGUCUAAAGAGAAGCAAUUUGAAGGUCAAGUGAAGGAGUUAGAAUCAAAAGAGAAGCAAUUGAAAGGACAGCUUCAGGAGCUCGAAUCAAAACGGAAGGAAUUUGAAGAACAAGUGAAGGAAUUUGAUUCAAAACAGAAGCAUUUUAAAGGACAAAUGAAGCAGUUUGAAACAGAACAGAAGCAGUUUAGGGGACAAGUGAAGGCGCAUUCGUCAAAAGAGAAAAAGCUUGAGUCAAAAGAGAAGCAAUAUGAUGGACAAGUGCAGGAGCUUAAGGCAAAGGAGAAACAGUUUGAGGUGCGAGCAAAAGAACUUGAAUCAAAAGAGAAAGAAUUUGAAGAACAAGUGAAGGAUCUUGAGUCCCAAAAGAAUCAAAAUAUAGGACAAAUGAAGGCGACUGAGUUAAGAAAGGCAAUGCUUAAUGGGCAACUGGAGGGGCACAAGUCAAAAGAGAACGAGUUGGAAGCACAAAUGAAGGAUCUUGAGUCGAAAAGGAACCAAUAUGAAGAAAAACUAAAGGAGCUUGAGUUGAAAGAGAAGCAGUUGGAAGCACAAAUGAAGGAUCUUGAGUCCGAAUGGAAUCAAUAUGAAGAAAAACUAAAGGAGAUUGAGUUGAUAGAAGCACAAUUUAGUGUGCAACUGAAGGACCUUCAGUCAAAACAAAAUCAAUUAGAAAGACAACAGAAAGAGCUUGAAUUAAAAGAGAAGCAAUAUGAAUCAUUAAGAAAUUCAUUUGAAGAGGGACAAGUGUUGAAAGAGAAGUCCAAUAUCCUCCUUCAUCAAGUGAAGGCCGAGCCACAGGAUUUUACAGAUGCCGGCAGUGUAAACAAUUCCAAGAAUUUGCAUUUGCUCUCAAAUCUUCUGAAAAAUUAUGACUUGGUAUGUAGUCAAGUCUCUGAUGCUCUUCAAACUUCAUCAGACCCUAGUAUAAUGGUGCUAGACACAAUAAAAGGUUUCUGUCCUCCUCAGUUGAGGCAAGAACCUGCUGAAUGUGAUGCAAAUAUUUCAAGGAGAGUACGUAAUCUUUUGAUGGAUGAGUUAAAGAAAUGUUCUCCAGUAUUUAGUUCUUAUGUAAAACAAGAAGCAAUGAAAUUUGCAAGUGACUGGAAAGCAAGUAUAGCUGUAGCUGAUACAGAUUCUUUGGAGGUCCUGGAUUUUUUAAAGUUUGUUGCUACUUAUGAGAUUGGUUCGUCUUUCAAUGAACAUGAACUUCAGAGGCUUCUAGAUAUAAUUUCCCAGCAUUGUCAAGCUCCACAAGCCCUUGGUAAUAUUGAGAAACUACCAGAUAAUCAAAUUUGUCCCACCACCGCCGAUGGAAGAAAUUUGCAGUUGCUUUCGAAUGAGCCUGAGUCGAUUGGCAAUGACAUUUUAGCUUGUCUCCAAACAUCAGCAGAUCCAGCAACCCUUGCUUUGGAUAUAAUUCAGAAUCCUAUUGUUCCACGUGACAGGAACGGAAAUGAAGACGUAAUUCUUGAUGGGAGCCACAUCAUUCUCUUAGAUCAGCUGAUGAGAAUCUCACCGUCACCGUUUAUCAAACCCCAUAUAAGAGACGCUGCAAAAAAGCUAGCAGUUGCUUUGAAAGCGAAAUUGAACCCAAGCGAUGAAAAUUCUUCCAUGGUUCUUGGAUUUCUACAACUUUUAUCUAUUUAUGGAUUAGUUUCUUUCUUCGAUGAAGAUGAAGUUUACAAGCUUUUUGAAUUCGUUGCUCAACACAAGCAAGCUGUAGAGUUGUUUCAGACCCUUGGUUUUGCAGAUAAAGUCUCCGAUUUUGUUCAAAAUCUUAUUGAGAAGCAGCAGUAUAUUGAAGCUGUUAGAUUCAUUUGUGCAUAUAAGUUGACUGACAAGUUCGACCCAGUUGGUCUCUUGCGGCUUGAAAUAGUGAGAGCAAAUCGGCUAGCGGGCAAACAUUUCAGCAGAAAGAAGCCCCUUGAAAAAAAGCUUAGGCGCAAAGAUAUACAAAUUCGUAUUCUGGGAAAUGUUCUACAGUGCAUUUCAGAUAGCAAUCUAGAAUCUCAGGGCCUAGUUGAUGAGAUUCAGGAUCGCAUUCUUUCCAUAGAAAAGAAGAAGGAAGAACUUUUUGUGCUAGAAAGGCAGAAGGAAGUACUUGGUCAUCUUGUAUCAAAGCUUUCCUCCACACUUGAAGUGCACCAAGGUGAGAAAUGCGCACUCGAAGCAUCCGCAGAAAAUCAAUUGCAACAACCUGUAGAGAAGAUCAGUGCAGACAUUGCAGUCACUGAGAAUCAAGUUAAAGUGCAACAACCUAAAGGAAAUAGCAAAAGGAGAAGUCACUAAGAAUCAGGUUAAAGUACAGCCAGCUGAAGCAAAGAAACCUGUAAAUAUAAUGCAACAGGAAGCACAGAAGUCUGCUAAUGGAGCAUUAAGCAAGAAACAAGCGAAAAAACUUGAGAGAAUGCAAAGUGCAAAUGGAGCAGUCACUAUGAAUCAAGUUAAAGUGCAACAACCAGAAGCAAAGAAACCUGCAAAUGGAGCGGUCACCAUGAAUGAAGUUCAAGUGCAGCAACAGGAAACACAGAAACCUGCCGACGGAGCAGUCAUCAUGAAUCAAGUUCAGGGGCAAGAACCUGAAGAAAAUAUACCUAAUGAUGUAGCAGUCACCGCGGAUCAAGUUCAAGUGCAACGAUCUCAGGAGAAGAAACGUCCUAUUGAAGAAGUGCCCAAUAAUCAUCAACUACAUCAGUCGGGUCAGAAGAACAAACAUCCUCGUACAGGUGCAGCACACGAUCUGCCUCCUCAUGGCUUCACUCCUCAUUACCAACACAUCUUUAGGCCUAGUGGAAUGCCUGCACUGUUUGGACUCCCUCCAAACUACUAUGGUGUUACUGGGGGACCAAAUUACUUUUGUCACCCCAUGCAUUAUCCUCCUCCCCCUUUUAGAUGACCGUGUGAAUAUGCAUUUAUAGCGUGUUUGGUUUUGCACGUGGAAUCCCUAUAAUCACUAAUGGGAGAAGCUCCAGAGUGUAGUUUUUUUUGUCCUGUUCCAAACACGCUAUAAUAGUGUGGUGUUACUAUGCUUGUAAGUAGUAGAUUUUGCUUAACUGAUUUUGCCCCAUA